AUGUGGCGCCGCCUGGCCCCACCACGCACCAAAGAGUUCUUUGCCAAGUUGGAUUGGAUGCAAGGUGGCACAGACCUCUGGAAAUACCUGGAGCCUUUAAGCCCGGCGAUCUUGACAGGAUCGCCUUCAGGUGAUUGGGCCGGACCGCAGAAAGUGCGCUGGUGUCAGAAGAACCUGCAGCUCUCUGCCAACAGGGUCCUCGUGGUGGACCCCUGCGACAAGGCACUCUUCAGCCACCCUGGUGCGAUACUCGUGGACGACCGUGCAGAGUAUCGUGCCGAUUGGGAAGCUCGUGGUGGUAUCUUCGUUCAUUUCAAGGAGGCCACUGUCCGGGCUCCUGAAACUCCAAAGCCAAAGAUGGUUCCUUGUGCCGGCUGGGCGGCCCUCAAGUCCACAAGGUACAUGCUGCUGGGAUCGAAUUGA